GGCAACGCGUUAACCGUCACAGAGAAGUGCCAGUGCCACGGCUAAAGUUUUUCAAAUGGUUAUAAUGGUAAAUACCUAUUGACUAAGUUGUAACAGCAUUACAAAAUAUACAUUUUUCUACGUAUAGAAUGCUGUUUUAUUAGAUUUUUAGUUUUUUAUGUUAAGAAAUCUUGGAAAUUCGCUUUUUUAACUGAUGUUUUUGUAGAACAAAUGGUACAAUGUCGGAUAACGACACGAGUUCAGUUGGUGAACAGGCUGAAAACACAUCGACUUUUACACCGGAAGACAAUGAAGAAUGUGAUGCUGAACCCUCCGAGAUUCGGCAGGAGCCUGGGGGGAGAUCAAAGGAGCUGCCAGCGGACAUGUACUACAACUAUGAAGAGCUUCACUCCAGACCGACUGUCACACCUGACUCUGAAAUCCCAGAGAACCUCCUUCACCUCUCCCACUCCUUCGGGUAUGACAGCAGUCGCAGAUCAAAUCUGAAGCUGCUGGAUGAGACGACGUUGAUGUUCAUAGCAGGAAACCUGCUCGUCCUGCUGGACGUUCCCACCAAGCAGCAGAGGUACCUGCGCUCCUGCAGCGGGGAAGGAAUCGGGGCCAUCGCGGUGCAUCCUGCCAAAGAGUUCUUUAGUGUGGCAGAAAAAGGAAACCAUCCCAGCAUCAUCAUCUAUGAAUACCCUUCACUAAGACCGUAUCGCGUCCUCAGAGGUGGGACAGAGUGCGAGUACAGCUUUGUGGACUUUAACCUCGACGGGAGCCUGCUGGCCAGCGUGGGCGGAGCCCCCGACUACAUGCUGACCCUGUGGAACUGGAGGCAGGAGGAGGUGAAGCUGAGCUGCAAGGCCAUCUCGCAGGAGGUCUACAGAGUCAGCUUCUCCCCGUACAACCCGGGACUGCUCACCUCAUCGGGAUCGGGUCACAUCAAGUUUUGGAAGAUGGCGACCACCUUCACAGGUCUCAAACUGCAAGGAGUCAUGGGACAUUUUGGGAAAACCGCAGCAACCGAUAUUGAGGGCUUCGUGGAACUUCCAGAUGGAAAGGUGGUGUCAGGCACAGAGUGGGGCAACCUGCUGCUGUGGGAAGGGAACACCAUCCGGGUGGAGAUAUGCCGGAAAGAGCGGCGGAGGUGCCACAUUGGGAUGGUCCAGCCGUUCACCCUGGAAGACGGACAGCUGAUGACAUUUGGUGCUGAUGGAGCCAUUAGGGCCUGGGACUUUGAGAGGAUCAACACAUCCAGCAGCAGCAGCAGCAUGUUUGAGAUGGAGCCCAUCAACGAGUUGGUGGUCGGACACAACGUCUGGCUUUCCUCUGUGGUUCGCAGCUCCCUGCCGGACUCUUUCAUCUGGUUCGCUCAGGAUUCUAACGGAGCCGUCUGGAAACUGGACCUUUCCUUCACCAACACGGCUGCUGAACCAGAGCGUCUGUUCUCCUUCCACUCCGGGGCGAUCCAAGGCCUGGACGUGUCGAAGAAAUCCCACCUGAUGGCCACUACCACUCUGGACCGUUCAGUCAGAGUGUUUGACUUCGUGGCUAAAAGAGAACUUCUAGCUACCCGCUUUAAUCAGGGAGGAACUACGCUCAGCUGGGCUCCACCUCUGGUUAACCAGAGCGGAGGUUUACUGGUAACGGGUUUUGAGGACGGGGUGGUCCGUUUACUGGAGCUGUACAACCCUCGGAGGCCUCAGGGGGCCACUGAAACAGACGCCGAGCUGCGCCUCAGACAGGCCUUCAAACCGCACAACGCCCCUGUUACCACCGUGGCGUACGAUCGGAGCGGAGAGAUCCUGGCCACAGGGAGUUCAGACUGCACCGUUUUCUUCUUCACGGUUGGGGACAAGUACCAGCCCAUCGGCUUCAUCCACGUUCCCGGGCCUGUCCAAGCGCUUGAGUGGUCUCCUCAUUCCCACACCGAAAACAGGCUGCUCAUCCUGUGUCGUAGCGGACACGUCGUUGAGGUUCACAGUGCAGACCUGGCAGCUCAGGAGUCAACCAAGACCUACAAGCUCCACAACCUGCCCAGGAGGUCCUUCAGGUUUAGGAGCAUCAAAUCGCGAAUCAAGAGAGAGGAGGAAAUCACAAGACGUCAGGCAGCAAAGGAGAAGAAAAGGAAAGAGAGAGAAGAGAGGCUUAAAGAGCUAGGGGAGGAGAAUGCAGUGGCUCUGGAAAAAGAGGAGGAGGAGAAGGAGGAGGAUGAGCCGGAGCUGCCUCCCAUCUGCAUCCCAAAUCCUCCAAGUCCUCUCUGCUGUGGCUUCUACUCACAGCCGGGACAGUUUUGGCUCUCAAUGGGAGGCUUCGAUGCAGGUUUCCUGUAUCACUGCAAACUCUCAGAGAAUCAGGAGGAGGAUCCUCUGCAGCGACAGGAUGAACCCUUUGCCUUCCGGCACAUCCACGAAGCAGACCACGAUCCUAUUUGCUCCGUGACUUUCAGCUCCGGCAGGCAGCUGCUGCUCUGCGGCAUGCAGUCCGGCUCCAUCAGGGUUUACCCUCUGCAGCCCGGAGACCACAGCCUCACCUCUCUGCAAGCCUACUGGGCCCUGAGCGUUCACGACAACCAGUAUGGACACCUGCGACACGUGCGCUGCAGCCUCGACGACCUGUUUGUGCUGACGGCCGGCGGUGAUAGCAACAUCUUCUCCUUCUGUCUGCUUCCUCCCGAAGAGGUGCAGAAAACGCUGGAGACGAAGGCCAAGAUACCCUCACCGCGGGCUGGACUGGAAAUCGAGGCGUUGGCCCUGGACAUCGAAGACCCGGCAGCGUACAGCAUUGAGACAGCCAAACAGAAGACGGAAAAAGACAACCUGCGUCGGGAGGCUGAGCUGAAGGAAGCCGAAAUGCAGAGACAGCUGCUCGAGCUUCAGAGGAGAUUCAAACAGGUCCUGAGCGACAACCAGAGUCUGCCUGAGCACAUCCGGCUGAAACCAGAGGAACUCCUGCUGGAUCGCCGUUUUUACGAACAGGCCGAGAAGCAGAAGGCCCGGAAGGUGAUGGAGGUCCGGAAGCAGAUGGCCUGGGAGCAGGAGCGCAGCAGCAUCGCCCUGCGGAAACUGCAGGAAUGGUCUGAAGGCACCCAGCAGACAGACGUCAUCACUGUAGUGGCGUUACGCAGCAACCACAGAGUCUCUACGUACCGUCUACCAGCGCUUCCCCCGCCUUUAACUCUGGACAAACCUCACAUUACAACUAACCCUAACGCAGACGGAGGAGCUGCACAGGAAAGGAGAAAACCCAGAGCAGAGCCUCCCAAAGACAGCCACCAAACACAGGCAGGGGCCGUGCUGCAGCCCACUGUGGUUCCCAAAGCCAGGAUAAAACUGGGAGAUCGGCAGGAAGAGAAGCUCCGAAAGGCUGCAGAGAAGGCAGAGCAAGCCCGAGCUAAAAUAGAGAGGAGGAAGCAGGAAUGGGCCCAAAUUUACGCAGAGAAGCCGGAGGAGAACUACGUGGACCCUCAGGAUGUUCAGGCUAUUCGUGAAGCCAAGGAGAACCUCAGAGACUUCAUCAGGGGGAAACAGCCCAGGGUGGACGUUGAACAGAAGAAAAAAGAGCUGGUUGCUUUGGAGGAAAAAAUCCAUGAGAAGCAGGCUGAGAUGAACAGGUGGAUCGUAGCCCUGCGUGACCACAAGGUUCGCCUGCUGUCCUGGAUGGCGGCUCAGGCUCAGCGACUGCAGGAGGUCCAACAGGGUCUCGCAGUCCACCUCCGUCAGCCGCCUCCCACCCUGACCACCAUUUUACCGGAGGAAAUGCCCGAGAAGAAGCUGCAGGUCAGCCAAGCCACCUUACAGCGAUACUGGACACUGAGAGAGCAGAGAAUGAAGUGUGUGGAUCAGGAGGACGCUGUGAGUUUAUUGGAGCAGCUGGAGAAAGAGAUGGAGCUGGAGGAAGACAGAGUGAGAGGAGAAGAGAAGUGCCCCACAGUUUCUGCCGUAAGCAGGGAUGCUCAGGAGACACCGGUGGAGCUGAGUGAGCUGGAGGAGGAGCUGCAGAUGGAGGAGGAGAUCCGGCUGCUCUACGAGCAGAACUGUCUGCUCCAACAGAUGGAAAACUCAGUUUGCCAGUUUGAUGCGGAGCUCCUGCAGCUGCAUCGCCACAAGCUGCAUCUGGACAGCCAGCUGAAACUGGCCGACCUCCGGCUGCUCACGCUCCUCCAGGAGAUGCUGAUCCUCAAGCAGUUUGAGAAGAGGGAGGGAGCGCUGGAGGAGAAACGCAACGGCUGCCUCCAGGAGGAGAAGAGCAUCACUUCGAAGCUGGAGGAGUGCAACGAGCUGCUGGAGCAGAAGAGGAGCGACAUCGCCAAGCUGCAGGAGAGGGAGAAGACCGUAACCGAUGACUUUAAGGCUUCACUCGGGGAAAAUAACCCGUUCCAGGAGUUCCUGACCAAGGUCUUCAAAAAGAAGAUCAAACGGGUGAAGAAGAAGGAGGAGGGAAGUGAAGGAGAAGAAAAAGACAGCGACGAAGACUCCGAUGAAGAGAGCGACUCAGAUGACGACUAUGACAGCGACUUGGAGGAAGGAAACGCUGCUUUCGACGACAGCGUCUGUCCUCGAGGCUGCGAGCCGGAGCUGUUUGAAAACACCCUGCAGCUGCGUGAGCGUCGUCUGGAUGUGGAGGAGCUGCUGGUGGAGGAGAAGAGGAUCUUGGAGGCUCUGAAGAAGGAGAGCGAGCUGCUCGUCAAGAAGAUCAAAGUGGUCCAGGGCAGCCGGCGGGCGGUGGAAGAUGACUUGGAGUUAAUCAACAAGGAGAAACAGCAGAAAAUGAACGAACUGGACGUGGUGGUUCCUCUCAGACUGCAUCAGAUUGCUUUUCUCACCAACGGCUCGAUACCAUCAGACCUGAGCGAGGCGAUGGUGCUGGACCGGGCCGAGCUGCAGGGGCUGCAGCAGCGCAUCCAGCAGCUGGAGGCGGAGAAGGUCGAGCAGAAAGAGCUGCACCGGCAGGCUCACCAGCACCGGAACAGGCUGAUCCGUGAAGGGAAGGACAUGAACGCCAGGAUCCAAGAGCUAGAGCUGCAGUGCAACGAGCUGCUGAUGACAAAGUUUGGCCGGCUGGUGGAUCUGGAAGCUCUGCAGAUGCUGACAGGGAGCAGGAGGCUGGAGGAGCUCAAACAGGAGAAGCUGCUCACCGAAGCAGCUCAGGCCAAGGAGAUCAAACUCUGGGACGUGAAGAUCGAGGAGUCCUUGGAGGCUUUAACGGAGGCGAUGAAGACUAACAACAAGCACCUCCACAACCUGUCAACCCUGUACGAACAGAGGAAGGAGCUGGAGCAGAAACUCAACGCCAGGCAGAAGAAAAUGGGCAGACGGCAGUUCCGGGACCACAGGAGACUCCAGGACCAGGACGCCAUCCGGCGGCUGGAGGAGCUGGUGCAAAAACAAUGCCAGCAGGCUGAAGCUCUCUGGAAAGACAUCGACCUGCUGUCCUCUAAAGGAGGACACGUGUUGCCCCACAACUGUGCCCCCCUGGCCCCGAUAGCCCCGCUGCCCUCCCCCACCAGUGACAUGUCCACGGAGAAGCAGGGGGCCGCUAUCGCUCCAGAGCUCCACCACAAUUAGCCACACAGCUAAUUUUAUAUCGCUUUCUGCCUUAAUCAAAACAAUACGUGAAACAGAAAUUGGAAACGUGUCAUUUUUGUUCCUCCGAUAUUUAAUGUAUUUUUAUCCCAAGAACUGCUGUAAUUAUUUGGUACAAAGGCCUCCAACCUACUUGGAAACCUCUUGAGUUGUAAGCAUUAAAGUGUUCCCACAGCAGCAGGAAACUGAUGAGGAUGAAAUAAACUGCAG